AUGGCCUCCCGAGCCAGAAUUCCUAAUCUUCAACUGGGUAUACGACUUGCCUGGGUAUGCCUCUUGGGCAUAUUUAGCUCGGUAGCAGCUCAAGACAGCAUUCCUGUGGUCAGCUCGGCAGCUCCGGAAGCUCAAACCACCCUCCCACCAGGCGAUGUGAAGGGCACCUAUAUCUAUUCCUACGGAGAUACGGUCCCUGUGUCCUGUGGACCGGGGGAGAGAUUUAUGUACUCUUCCAGUUACGCCGCUUGCUGUGCGUCCAAAGCCCAAUGCGACUUUGCGGUCGGGUGUGAUGGUUCAGUUUUAUUGUUCAAUGGAAAACCACAUAGCACUUGGUUUCCCUCACCCCUCACAAGCUGGAUGGACUGGGUAUGUACCUCAUGGUACGAGGCAGUUCCUACAAUCUACCAAGAAGUAGACCCGAGUGCGGUAGCCUCCGUCUCCUCGGCAUACUACAACCGCUUCUCGAGCGAUAGCCAAGAUCAAACUACCGUGGAGAUAACGCAACAUGUUACCGUGAUAAUAUCAUCGGCAAUAUACACCUCAAUCGUCACCCAACAUAGACCAGUGAGCUCGUCGAACAUUUCACCAGAAACUGAAUCAAACACAGGGACAGUGGUGAGCUCGUCAAACAAAACAGAAAAUAAUCUAUCUACCACCACCAGCAAUUCAACGCCUACAUCAAGCACAACAUUUGACGGGAAUCUCGUCCCUGAGACAAAUGCAAGGCGUGCUUCAUCAAGAGCCUGGAUAGCCGGCGUCGUGGCUGGACCUCUUCUCGCAUUGGUAGCCGUCGGUUGCCUCAUCUUUUGGCUGAAACGACACAGGCGAAGGAAGACAUUGGCAGACAGCGGAUACUCGGAACCUGACGUACACUCUCACGAUCCUCCCUAUAUUCAAUCCCACUUUGGACAGUCUACGGCACCGGAAAAGACAUCUGAUGCUCAUCCUGUUUGCGAGCUGGAGGCAAUGGAGGUGCAUCAAGUACCUUUCCAGGGAACAGGUGCAGCGAUGCGAUUGUAG